AUGGCAGCCAUUUCCGUCUCCCCUGCCGUCGGACCCUCUGCUCCUCGUGUCGCCACGGCGACGUACGCGUCUCGGACCCUGCGACUCGGUACGAGUCGUACGGAUCAAUUCCGCCGCGUGACGAUGCGACGUGUGCACUAUGCCUCCAGAAUCACUCAUAAUGACAACCAGGAGGGUCUGGCCAGCAACAGUAGGCUCACGCAGUCGCAGAGUUCCUCUAAUCCGACAGUCAAGAACGCGCCGAACACGGCGCAAAACUCGGCGCCAAAUCCGACCGCCGCGGCGGAGCUUCCGCCGCCCUCAUUCCACGUGGACGUGGCGAUUGCGGGCGGCGGCCUCGCGGGGCUCGCGCUCGCCGCCGGCCUGCAGGCGCGCGGCGUCGAGGCGGCCGUUUCGAGGCAGCGCCCGCGCUGCGAUCGAGCAACAGCACCGUCCUCGUCAUCUGGCCGAACGGCGCCGCCGCGCUCGACGGAAUCCUGCCCGGUUGAUGUCAGCAGUCCCACUGACGUCAGCAGCUCAGGAGAAUCAAGAGAGGCUGCUGUUCCUGAAUUGACGGCCCUGAUUGACGAGGUGACGGGAUGCAGUGCGAUCUUCAUCACUUUGAAGAACGGCGAGAGAUUCUGGCAGACCCGGAUAUGA